AUCGUCGGGAGGCAGACUGCCGCUGAGGGAGGAGCGAGAGGAGAGAACAUGAUUACCUACGUUUUGGCCACUGUCGGGGCACUGACUGCUUGGCUCUACUUUGCUCCAGAACCAAAGCCAAAAGCAGGAAUAUAUAAACAGCCAAGUGUGCGAUACAAUGUAAAAUACUUAUUCUUUAGAUUGAUUUUGUGGCUUAGACAACGGAAAAACAAGCAAAUAAAAUCGACAACAGGACAGAAUGCAGGUUAUGGGAUGCGUUCCAGAGUUUCUCCAGAAGAUAUGGACAAAGCUCAAGAUUUGCCUAGUGUUCACAAACAUCCAAAGGCAGUAGAUGCAGUGUAUUUUAAUGCAGGAAACAAGGAUGGUUACUUUCUGGUGACUGCUACAGCGAGACGACAAAAUAACAGAGUACAGACUCUCCUGUAUUUACGGACUCCAGAGCUGGGUAUCCUCCAGGGCAGCUUCAUGUCUCACAGCACCAACCUUGAGGGGACAGACGCGGGAGGGUUUGCUGCCGGGGGGCUCAGAAUGACCCCACUCAAGGCCAUGGAGGAAUGGAGACUGGAGUUUACUGGCAAAAUGGUAAUCACAAAGACUGGAGAAGAAGUGGAUGUGACCUUUGACCUUCUGUGGACGGCCUUUACUCCGUAUUUUGAUUUUGAUACAGACAUGAAUCCCGUUACUAUGGCAGAUGCCAUCUGUAGAGAGACGUGGUCGAGAUCUUAUUUUGAGGAACUUCAGAGAUAUCACCAGACUCACUAUGAACAAUUUGGAGACAUCACGGGAACUGUUAAAAUAGGAGGUCACGAUGAUGUCAACUUAAACCUGUCCGGAGUUAGGGACCACUCUUAUGGUAAUAUCCGUGACUGGAAGGACUUAUACAGGUACGCCAUACAGUACUGUACACUGGAGGAUAAAACAGCUGUGUGUCUGGGGGUCAUCUCAAUGCCAAGGUCACUGUCAAAGUUAUUGAUGGGGUAUGUUUUCCACCCUGACGGUAAACUGGACACUGUUACCUGGUCAUCAUUUGAACUCUUUGAGAACGGUGAGGAUGGAAUCCCCCCAAAGGAAUUCAGUACCAAAUUCUCUGCUGGUGGGAAAAUGUACAAUAUGAAGUGCACUGUAGUUGAUAUGGCGAGGUUCUUCAUUGGAGACGGGAAAGAUGCCAGGAUAUUUGAGCGAUUCUGUGAUUAUGAAGUGAAUGGCCAGAAAGGCUGGGGAAUCAGUGAAUGGGAUUAUAGGAACAGCAAAAGAUUUUUUGAGGAUGGAGAGAGUAUAUGAUGCUGUAUAUAGGAUGUAAUAAUGAACAUAAAAUUUAUAUCUACAAUGUACUCACCCCUUCAACUUACCAGUUGAUAGAAGAUACCUAUGACAAGCAUCUCUGAAUAAUUUGUAUGAGCAAUGGAAUAGGGAGCAAACAGCACAACUGUGAUAAUGAAAUCAUGACAAAACAAAUUCACACUGUAUUUAUAAAAUAUCUAAUACUUCAUGAAAUUAUGAGUUCAAUUUGACUGAUUAAAGAUGUUAAUUCUGCAAACAACAU